AUGAGCAGCAACUCGUCCGCAGCCGCAGCCCUGCAGCUCUGCUAUGAGAACGUGAAUGGAUCCUGCGUGAAGACUCCCUACUCGCCCGGGCCCCGGCUCAUCCUCUACACAGUCUUUGGUUUGGGGGCUGUGCUGGCCGUGUUUGGAAACCUCCUGGUGAUGACGUCCAUCCUCCACUUCAGGCAGCUGCACUCUCCCACCAACUUCCUGGUCGCCUCCCUGGCCGCUGCUGACUUUCUGGUGGGCGUCACCUUGAUGCCCUUCAGUAUGGUCAGGUCCAUCGAGAGCUGCUGGUACUUUGGAGACAAGUUUUGUACUUUCCACACGUGCUGCGACGUGGCGUUUUGUUACUCCUCUCUCUUCCACCUGUGCUGCAUCUCCAUCGACAGGUACAUCGCUGUCACUGACCCUCUGGCCUAUCCCACCAAGUUCACAGGGUCUGUGUCCGGGGUGUGCAUCAGCAUCUCGUGGAUCCUGCCCCUGGUGUACAGCGCAGCCGUGUUCUACACGGGUGUCUACGACGACGGCCUGGAGGAAUUGUCCAAGGCCCUCAACUGUGUAGGAGGCUGUCAGGUAGUUGUAAAUCAGAACUGGGUGUUGAUUGAUUUUCUGUCCUUCUUUAUUCCUACCCUUGUUAUGGUAAUCCUGUACAGUAAUAUUUUCUUGGUGGCUAGACAACAGGCUAAAAAGAUUGAAAAUAUUAGUAGUAAGACAGAAUCAUCCUCUGAGAGUUACAAAGCCAGGGUGGCCAAGAGAGAGAGAAAAGCUGCAAAAACCCUGGGGUUCACAGUGAUCACGUUUAUGAUCUCGUGGUUACCAUACAGUGUUGAUUCUUUGAUUGAUGCUUUCAUGGGAUUCAUCACCCCUACCUACAUCUAUGAGAUCUGUGUGUGGUGUGCUUAUUAUAACUCAGCCAUGAAUCCUUUGAUUUAUGCUUUAUUUUACCCCUGGUUUAAGAAAGCUAUUAAAGUUAUUGUGAGUGGUCAGGUUUUCAAAAACAGUUCAGCUAACAUGAAUUUGUUUACGGAACAAAUUUGA